AAGUAUUUGGCUUUGAUUUUGAUUAUUCUGGGUUUGAAAGUUGAGUUGAUUUGGUUUGGUUUGGUUUGGGAAGAAGAAGAAGCAGAAGCAGAAAGGUAGAAAGUGGUUGCGUUGUGUCCUCUUGUGGUUUGUGCUUAGAGUUGUCGAAUCUCAUUGCUCUACACUCUACUCGACGGAGAAUUCCACUUUUGCUAGUAUUUAGGUUUGCUUUCUUAUGAUUAUCGGAUUCGCGUAUUGAUUGAAUUAUUAUCAUUAACAAGAAUCAUUUGGAUGAGAGAGAGAUGGAUGACAGAAGCAGCAGCAGAAGUAGAAGUAGAAGGGUUGGGGAUGGAGAAAUGGGAAAAGCAGUUAUUGCAUUGAUAUGCGGCACGCUUGUGUACUAUCACUGUGCUUACCGCAAUUCCAGCAUUGUCUCCCUCUUUUCCGACGUCUUCAUUGUGCUUCUCUGUUCUCUCGCCAUUCUCGGCCUUCUCUUCCGUCAGAUGAACGUCGAGGUGCCUGUGGAUCCAUUGGAGUGGCAAAUCUCUCAGGACACUGCUAAUACCAUCGUCGCCUGCCUUGCUAACACCGUCGGUGCCGCCGAGUCCGUCUUGAGGGUUGCUGCCACGGGCCAUGACAAGAGACUCUUUUUCAAGGUCAUUUUUUGCCUUUAUGUCUUAUCUGCUCUCGGAAGAUUAGCUUUGGGUAUCACAGUUGCAUAUGCUGGACUAUGCUUGUUUUGUCUUUACAUGCUCGCAGAAUCUUCUCAAUCAAUCAGUUCGUGUCUUUCCUGGAUAUUGGGAAGAAGAAACGACACUAGUGAAGACCAAGACACCAUCAUGUAACUUGAUCAUUUUUGUACUUGUAUUUUGUUCCAAAUGUAAAGUUCACGCCGUAGCCGAAUCUAGAGUUGCAACAGUUCAGACCCAAAAAAAAAAAUGCAAUGAUAUCAAUGUGCUUGAUCUUAAUACAUAGAUUUUCUACUUGCUUCACUUUACCACCAGAAUAAAGGUUUUUCGAAAGUUGGAGAUUGA